UUCAGUUCAUCAUCAUCAUCAUCAUCAUCAUCAUGAGUAGUUUUCAAAUCAACCUGUGUUUCGCCGGAUAAAAUCGGAGACAGGAAGACGGCGAGAGAAGAACAACCCAAGCAAAGCUAUGAAUAUGGCCGUCUCAUCCGCGUGUACGAGUAUUCCGCCACCGGCGGCCCGGAAGCGUCAGUUCCCUACCCUGCCUCUCUCUGGUUUCGCCCCUUAUUCAAACCUUCGAUUCGCUUAUUUUGUCAAUCCUAAUCAGCGCCAGCGCCGGCUGCUUCUCAAUCGUUUCAGUACUAGCUCGGCUCCAGUUUCCACCCUAGGCACGACGGACGAGAUCGAUUCUCCCCGUACAUCUACCGCCGUCGGCGAAGGAAGCGGCGUCGGCGGCGGCUGGCCGGAAUUCUCCGACAAGAUAUCAGGCGAAUGGGACGGGUUCGGGGCAGAUUUCACGGUGGAAGGUAAACCCGUACAUCUGCCGGAGUCUGUUGUCCCGGAGGCCUUCCGUGAAUGGGAAGUCGAGGUCUUUGACUGGCAAACACAGUGCCCAACUCUCGCUCAACCCCACAAAAUCAACGCCGGAGAUGAGCCUCCUUCAUUUUUCUACAAAACCAUCAAACUCCUGCCCACCGUGGGCUGCGAAGCAGAUGCUGCCACUACCCACUCCAUCCAGGAGAGACACGUGUCCUCCACCUCCACCUCCACCUUCGCCUUCGCCUACCACCGGCCCACCGGAUCCUAUGUGGCGCUGUGGUCCCCACUCUCCGGCGAGUCUCCGGCGGCUGAGCUGGAGCACUGCUUGAUCGAUCCAAGCAACCGGGAGUCUCGGGUUAGGGUCGUUCAAGCCCUUGGGCUCGGGCAGGAUGGUUCGGUUGAGUUGAGAGGCUUGAGCGUGUUUGUCGAGCAGUGGUACGGUCCCUUUAGAAACGGUGAUCAGUUGGGCGGCUGUGCAAUUCGUGACUCGGCAUUUGCCGCCACUCGGCCGCUCGAUUCUUCCCAAGUCUCCGGUUUGGUCUGGGAAGGCCUUACUUCAGUUGCUGACUUUCGAGCUUCACACAAUACGAUGGUCAAGGAGCUUGGUGAUGAAUGCGUGAGUGAGACGAUUAGAGAUGAAUCGGACCUUAUAUUGCUUCCUAAGCAGCUUUGGUGUUCAGUCAAGAAAGCUGAAAGUGGAACAAUUUGCUUUGAAGUGGGAUGGUUGCUGGAUCAGGGACGAGCAAUUACUUCGAAAUGUACCUUCUCGAAUGCACAGCUCAAGGAAAUUGCAUUAGCAGUUGAAACUGCAACUGUGAAGUAGUGCAGUUUUUUAUCGUCUCAAAUGAGAUUUUAGCUGCUGCUGGUGAGUAUUAUGUAUACAUAUAUGUACACUGUCACAUAGUUUCAUACUUUUGUACCAUGUUUAAUCCAAUUUAAUGAUAAACACUACUGUUUUUUGAGCUGAUUUACUGAUUUAGAACUAUUUAUCUUGCUCGUCUAGGUACGGUGUGCCCUUGUGCAUGAACCGUACUCAUUGUGCCCA